AUGGCAUCCGCUGCCGGGAGUCUGGCUCUCCAAGAUUUCGUCAAGGAUGGGAUUAUUGCCAACGAGGGCGUAAAGGUGGAGGAGCUACAGGACAAUGGUACACUGAAGAUGUUCGCGGAAAAGAACGACAUCGAGCAGGUCAAGCAGUGCAAGGCAGAUGCAAUGCUACAAGCCCUCCUGCAGCGUGCUUCUUGCGCUUCGGAAACUAAACAGCCUGAGCUCCUGCAAAAGUGCCCAAAGGCAGUUCUUCCGGUUUGCAAUGGACAGGUCUCUGCUGGAGGCAUAUACUCUUCGGGUAUCGAGACAGCCCUGAAAAAAUAUGUUGGUCCAGGAGGAGAAGGCAACUUCUACGGCCCUUUUAUAGAAGCCACCAACAUCGCGCUCGCUUGUCUUGAGGAGAUCAAGGUUGACGGGAUGCGAGCUCCUGUCCCCGCUGUAGACAUGAUAUGUCAGCAGAAUGACAUGCCCAUGUAUCAAAACCACCAGGACAUGAAAUCAACUCGGAAACCCGACUGCGUCAUUCUUCCUUUGAAGAGCGCAUGUGCUCCUUUCGAGGAUGAGAAGAGCGGCAAACAGGGCAAACAGAAGCGCAAGGCUCACAUGGUGAAGAAUGCAAUGUCCAAGCCGCCAGCGUCACUCCCCUGGGAAGAUAUUCUAGCUUGCAUUGAGUUCAAGAGAAAGACGGCAGGGAGGAAGCAAGGGAUUCAACCGCUGCCGCCCUCUUUGUAUCAUGUGAAAGACCAUGUUCCUACCAAACCAGAGUAUUUACCGGUGGAUCAUCUUAAGGCUGAAGAUCCGGCGCCAGGUCCUACGCAGACCCCAGCAACCCAAGUGCCCGACACUGCAACAGUUCUAUCUUCCGGCCUGAAUGCUACCCAGUCUUCCCAGUACGGGUCUAGUUCCAAGCGCAAGGCCACGGACACUUUGCAAUCCGCCGCGAAAAAAACCCAAGGUCUGUAUGCUGCUGAAAUGUUUGCGGCCAAUCUUGCCGUCGGUUAUCUAAUUAAUCUUAUCGUCAUCGACGAUGUUGUCUGGAUCUGGUAUUAUGAUCGCCAGGGCACUAUCCAAAGCUCGGGCAUCAACUUCAUUCAAGAUCUCCCGCGAUUCAUGGUGCUAUUGUACGCUUUACAACACUUUGAGCUCCACGAUUGGGGCAGAAACAAGGACUUCCUCCCAGUUCAAGUUGAGGGGAAACGAUGCUACGAAUUCAAUAUCAAGGAUGAAAAACUUGGAGAGGUGGAUCUGCUGCUUCACACCAGCCACAAAGAUAGAGUGAUGCAUUACGGACUACAAGGCCGAGCCACCAAUGUGAUCCCUGUCACUAGCCAAGCACUUGCAAAGAAAUACGACAACCUCCCGGAUGGGAUGGUGGCCAAGGUCUUUUGGGGAGAGGCGAAUCACACUAGCGAGCCGGAAAUUCUGAAAAGAGUCGAGGAGAUUACUGAGGCGCACGACACCGUAAAAAACCAUAUUCCCAAGCUGCUCUGGCACCACACGUUCACAAAUCCCACAUCUGCCAUCCGAGAAGCGCUCAGGGUUGUGGAACCCACCACAGGCAGUCGCGUGCUCUACAUUCUCGUAUUCCGUAAACUUCAACCCAUCACGAAGCUUCACGGCAAAGAACUUUUCAACGUCUGGCAGCAGUGUAUUCUAUGUCACCUCACUCUAUGGAAAGAAGGGGUCUAUCAUCGAGAUAUCAGCCCUGGAAACUUGAUGUGGUACAAGAAAAACAACAAAUUGAUUGGUGUCUUAAACAACUACAAUCUAUCAUCGUUGGCGAAUGUCGCGGGUCCUCAGGGCAACGAGCGUACGGGACGGUACCAUUCAUGGCACUCGAUCUCCUGA